AUGGGUGAUUUUAAUGAUAUUUGCUCUAAUGGAGAGAAAUGGGGAGGGAGAGAAAGAUUCGAGGGUAGCUUUAGGGACUUUAAUAACUUUAUUUUUAGGAAGGAGCUGGUGGAUAUAGGGUUUGUAGGGGUCCCUUGGACAUGGAGUAAUACAUGGGACGAGGAGGGGGAGGUAAAGGAGAGGUUGGACAGAUGUUUAGGGAGUGUUGGAUGGAUGCAGUUAUAUGAAAAUGUGACUUGUGAGCAUAUUGAAAAGAGGCAUCUGAUUACUGCCUCCUUAUGGUGGACACGAACCCGCAACAAAGGAGAGGUAAAAGAAGGUUUUUCUUCGACCAAAGAUGAGCAAAAGACAAAGCAUCUGAAAUGGACAGCCAAAGGUAAUGCAAAGGCAAAAAUCCAGGAGAUAAAGGAGCAACUGAAGGUAACAAGAGAGGCAGAUGAGCGGUGCAAUAAGGGAGUCAUUACAACUUUAAAGCUUCAGUUAAGCAAAGCCUAUAAGGACGAGGAGCUAUACUGGAGUCAGAAAUCAAGAAGUAGAUGGCUCAAGGAGGGGGACAAAAACACUGCUUACUUUCACCAAAGUGUCAUGGCUAAAAGGAAACGAAACAGGAUCAGCAUCCUCCAGAAAACUGAUGGGGAGUGGUGUAGGAGUGACCAGGAAAUUGAGGACGAAUUGUGUACACACUAUAAGGAGCUCUUCACCUCCAAUAACCCAAUAGAAUUUGAUGAAGUGCUACAAGGCAUACCGCGCACUAUUUCCAAUCUCAUGAACGCACAGUUGAUUAAACCUGUGGAUGAGUUGGAGAUCAAACAAGCCAUUUUCUCUAUGUUUCCUAACAAAUUUUCUGGGGUUGAUGGCAGACAAAUUCUUGACAAUGUUAUCAUUGCUCAUGAACUUUUACAUUUUCUGAAAAGCAAGAGAUCUGGUAAAGUAGGCUUCAUGACCAUUAAGCUUGAUAUGUCUAAAGCUUAUGAUAGAGUGAAGUGGAAAUUUCUUGGUAGAAUUAUGAUGCACAUGGGUUUUUGUCCUACUUUUGUUCAAUGGAUCAUGACUUGUAUUUCCACUGUUUCUUACUUCUUUAAUUUGAAUGGACAAAAGGUGGGAUGUGUCAAACCUUCCAGAGGGAUUAGACAAGGAGAUCCUCUAUCUCCUUAUUUGUUUAUCAUUAUCAUAUGUACUGAAGGGCUCUCAAAUUUACUCAAGAAAGCUGUGGAUAAUAAGCAUCUAACUGGUAUAAAAAUCUGCAAAGACAGCCCCAUGGUGUCUCAUUUAUUUUUUGCAGAUGACUCCCUCUUGUGUUGUAAAGCUAGCAAACAAGAAGCUCAGAAGAUCAAUGAGAUAAUUCAGCUUUACGGUCAAGCAACUGGAUAG